AUAAGAUGUGUGAAACAAAACGAAAAGAGAGAUAGAUAGACAUUGGCCGGUGGCCUCGUCACAAAUCCAAAAUAUCCUAAAAAGAGAUUCGAAAACUUUUUUUUAAAAGAGAAUCCAAAACCUUUCCUUCAUUCCUCAAAUUCCCCACACAACACAAGCAAACCCACAAGAUUCGAUUCAACUUUCCCAUUUUCUCAGAAAAAAAGUUUCGUUUUUGAUUUUUGUUGAAACGGAAAAAGGAACACACUUUCAAUCUCCUUUUUCACUUUUAGCGUUUUGGGUGUUUCAUUUUGAUGAGGUGCGAGGAGAUUCUUACUCCUCUGUUCUUAUCUGUGUCAGAUGGAAGACAAUGAGAAGUCUCCUCCCCCUAAGGAUUACUAUAAGAUUCUAGAAGUUGAUUACGAUGCAACUGAGGAACUGAUCAGACUCAAUUAUCGGAAGCUUGCUUUGAAGUGGCAUCCUGAUAAGCACAAAGGCGAUACUGCAGCGGCAGAAAAAUUUAUAGAGAUAAACGAUGCUUAUAACGUGCUGAUGGACCCUGAUGCACGUUUUGAGUAUGACUUAACCGGUAUCUAUGAGAUCCACAAGUAUACUUUACGGGAAUAUCUUGCCAGAUUUAAGGGAAUGAUACUCACUUGCAACGGACUCGGCAUCAGCCAAUCCUCGUCACUAUGGACACAUCAAUUGUCUGAGACCACCAACAAAACAACAACAGACUAGCAAGGAUAAAAGCAGAAGUUAGAGGAGAGAUGUAAAAACUGUGUCAAGAUUCUCAAACCCUUUCCCGUCGGUUUUUUAAUACGGUUGUAUACUGGAGCCACAGCUCGAAGCAUCAAGGCAUCGAUGAUGUAUUGAAAAUGCUUAAUUUAGAUAAUUAGAUGUAUUGUUUCUGAAUCGAUGUAGAAUUAGAGAAGCGUAUAUGGUCUCUGGUUUUGAUACAUACAUCUACAGACCUGUGAUGAUUGAUCAGGUCUUGUACCACUACUCUCAUCACUCAAUGGUUUUUCAGACUUCAGACAUUAAUAAAAUCAAUGACUUGAAGCA